GAAGAAGCCAAUCGACCGAGAUAUGAUGUACUUCCUCCCGCUCAAGGCUCUACCACCGCGCAAGCCCAGAACGUCCAAGCUGUCGGCAACCACGGUUACGGGCGCGUGGUCGCCGGCCGAGCACAAGCGCUUCCUCGUUGCGUUGGAGAAGUUCCCGAACGGCCCGUGGAAGACUAUUGCGGCGCAUGUCGGCACGCGCACCCCGCGCCAGGCGCAGACGCAUGCCCAAAAGUACCGCGAGAAGCUCGUGCGCAAGCUGCGGUGCCCGACCAACAACGGCAACGGCUGCAUGAUGCGCCUCGUCAAGGACGAGAUGGCAAGUCUGCCAGAUGACGACCACAUGGAAUUGGAGACGUCCACGCCCCUGAAGCUGGAAGCGAGCAGCGCCGACUUGCGGCCGUUGGUCUGCAGCACGGACGACACGGCCUUGCUCUCGUUUGACGACUGCCUCGAUUUUUUCAUCCGCGAAAUGGACGCAUGACACGCUUCGAUGCUGCCAAUGCGAGGUUUGGAUGUCAUAUUUUCUAUUUACGUUAAGCGAAAACAAUAGUGUCAAGCAAUAUUUACGCAC